UUGUGACGAUAGCAGAACGCGAAGCUUGGGCAAGAUAUACAAAACACUUUAGGGUUUCUCUGCUUUUAACAUUGUAACCAGGUAACGUAUUGAAGUAAUGGUAAUGGAUGUGAGGCCGUAAACUAUUCUAUUCUAGUCCUCAGUUAGCUAAGAAACCCAAGCCAUCUCUUUUUAGUUCUGCAGCCACGCAUGUAAUUACAUCUCACAGUGAAAUACUGCCGUGAAUCAUAAUAACCAUGACUUUGAGCAUGGACAUCAGCGUUUCUUUUCUCAAGUGCGAGCUCGCCUCCACUAUUGACAAUGCGGUACGAUUCGCAGUAGAAUCUGUUUUAAAAGAAACAGCGCGAGUUGUUGGCAUGAAGCUGGCCGCGGCUCGUAAUGCUGCCGCAGAGUCGCACAGAGAGAACCAGAGCCUGCGCGAGAGACUGGAGAUCUCCGAGAGCGAGCUGAAAGCGGUGCGCUACUACAUGACCGCGGCUGAAAAGAACAUCAAACAGUGUUUACUUCUCAACAGAAACCUGCCUGGGUCAAAUAUCGUGCGCCCAAACGCAGACGACGCACACGUUGUGUUUCCCUCACGCGCUGCGGUUGGAAGCCCCACCUCACAGGCACAGAGCAGAGAUUCCUCCCGCAAAAGCUUCCGAAACUCACCGGGAAGAAUCCACAGUCCUAAAAAUCUACCCAGUGUUGGCCUCUGUCUCCCCACGGUACAGUCAGACUGGCCUCGUGAGUGUGUUAACCGCAGAAAGACACGAGGGUCUUCAGUAGGCAACAGUUCAGCACUCACGAGUGACCCCACGACCGCCCAAACACUUCUGGAAAACAGUGCUGUUCUCUUCAAACCAGAAGACCAGACAGAGGGCCCGUUUUACAUCACGAAUGAGGGUGAAAAAGACAACAGUUCUGCAGUUACAGACACUGAGAGGAGACAUGAGGAGCCAGAAGUUUCAGGCCCCUCCGCAAACCCAUCAGAGGACCCAUCUGACAUGACAAAGUUUGAGUUUGAAAUGAGCACACCUGCUGGGAAUGUUAAUGAGCUGGAGCUGAUACAGGUGAUGGAGGACUCUGAUGAUGUCAAACAGGGCACCAUUAAAAUCGAAGACGAUCCUGAUUCACUCACAUUAGAGCCGCAUCCAUCAGGUCUAGCUGUAGCCUCUUCAUCCAACUCCAUGCAAGAGUUACCACAAAUCUCCUCGCCUCCAGUGCCGGAGAGCGAUGGCGAUGCUUUGCUGGCUUUGGCGCCACCUGUGGGGAGCGACUCCGGGUUCAGCGGAACCGUCGAGAGCCCUGAUAAAGUGCACCGCUGCAACAUUUGUGGCCGGGGAUUCAGACGUUUCUACUGCUUGAAAACACACCAGCGCAUACACACGGGAGAGCGACCGUAUCCUUGCAGAUACUGCGAGAAACGCUUCCGCCAUUUGGACAGCUUACACAAGCACCAGCGCAUUCACACGGGAGAGAGACCCUACCGCUGCGCCGAGUGUGGAUGCUGCUUCAGAGAACUUGGUCAACUCAAAAAGCACAGACUCAAACACUCACCCACAUUUGUUCCUGUUGCCAAUCCCACCUUCCCCCUCCUCCCAGCCGGGCCCUCCUAUGUCUGGCCACAUCUCAACACACAGUCUUUGGAUUCAGUCUAGGCAUGUGAUGGUAUUGAGCUUUCAAAGCAUGAUAAUUGCGGAAACUUGGUGUAUGGUAUUAUGAAGGUAUUGAAUUAGGUUGAAAAGAAACAAACUUGUCGUCUUAAUAAUCUGGAGCAUUUGAAGCAAAUGCAAUGUACAUUUUUAUUGGCCAUUGUUUUCAAAGUAAAAAUGUUUCAAACAGAUUAAAGUGCAAAAGAACAAAACUAUGUAAAGAAUCAGAACAUUUUUCAACCAUUAUCUGGAUAUCUUUUCUGGGCUGGCAAGUGUAAACAAAUGCUUAGUAUUUAAUAAAUAUUAAAUUCUUAAUAUGUGUUUGAAUAUAAAUAUUAAGUAUUUGGUGGUGUUUGAUAAGUACCAUAGUGAAUACAAAUAUUUGAACAUUUAAAUGCUAUUUGACAUCACUUCCUUGAGUCCAAAAACAGAAAGUUGCACAGCUUUGUGUGGGGUAACCUGGGUAACCGCUGGAAUCCUGCUUUUCCAUAAGUGCCAUCUACUGUCAAAGAGUGAAUUUGCAUUUUCAUUCAGCCGGUCUGCCAUUUUUCUUCAGACUAAUGCAAAAGUUGGACUGAUUUAUUACGCAGCAAACACGCACUCAGUUUUCAACAUAAGCUAACGUGCAUUCUAAAAAUAUAAACAAUUUGGAUAAAGGCAUCUAGAAUUAUUCACUGUAUUUGAAGUGUGCAUAAUAACAAUACCUUAUGCUCAUUACCGCAAUAAACCAAAUAACGGCACGUCUAAUUCAGUCUAAGGCCUAUACAUGUAUGUUGUUGCGCAAAACACUCCUCACAUAAAGUUCGUUCAGUAACAGUGUGGUCCAGAAGCAAUUGGAGUUAUAUUGGAAGAUAUAUAUGCCUGAUUGUAUGAAGUUUUACGCAUCAACAUCAUUUAAAUCCAUGUAUACAAAUGUACAAAAUACUUUCUCAGAAAUGCAGCACAACCAGAACAUACAAAUUAUUUUCAUGCAUAAGAACAACUUGAUGUUAAUGUUAUACUGCAGAACAUUGAAAUAGGUUCUGGAUAUGAAUAAACUUCACAAUUUAUGCA